AUGGACUCAGCUCUUCACGACGCCGCGACUCGAUUUAUCGAACGCCACCCUGAAUCGCAACGCCUGCACAAGCUGUCACUCGAAAGCUUACCAGGAGGAAAUACCCGCACUCUGCUGCACACAGCACCAUUUCCAGUGUUCAUGCGUAAGGGCGAGGGUUCAGAAUUGUGGGAUGAAGAUGGGAACAAAUAUCAUGAUUUAGUCGGCGAGUUAUCCGCCGGGCUAUAUGGACACUCUCAUCCGACGCUGCAAAAGGUAUUGACAGAUACCAUUCAGAAUGUCGGGUUGAGUCUGGGAGCAACGAAUGUCUACGAGCAGCGAUAUGCGUCGUUGCUGUGUGAGCGGUUUGGACUUGAACGGGUUCGAUUUACAAACUCCGGAACAGAAGCAAACAUACACUGUCUUGCGGCAGCCAGGAAAUUCACCGGCCGGCGUAAGAUCAUCGUCUUCCGCGGCGCCUACCAUGGUAGUGUGCUUUCCUUUGGAGAUGGUAUCCCGGAAAACAACAUCGACCAGGCGGAUUGGGUGCUACUACAAUACAACGAUAUCAAAGGUGUCCAGGAAGCCUUUUCCCAGAAUGAUGAUAUUGCCGCUGUUAUUCUCGAGGGGAUCCAGGGGUCUGGCGGGCUUAUUUCUGCAGCACUCGAGUUCCUACGAACAAUCCGCGAGGAGAGCGAGAAAGCGGGCGCAUUGAUGAUUCUGGAUGAGGUGAUGACAUCUCGGUUGGCACCGGGGGGAUUGAAAGAUAUCCUCGGGAUCAGACCAGACCUUAUCACUUUGGGCAAGUAUCUGGGCGGAGGCUUGCCAUUCGGGGCUUUCGGCGGCCGAAGAGAUAUUAUGAAUGUUUUCAAUCCUCUCACGCCUGGGGCUUUGGUACACUCUGGCACAUUCCAGAAUAACACUUUGAUGUUGCACUCUGGGUAUGUGGGACUGUCUGAAGUGUAUACGGCUGAAGUUGUUCAGUCGCUCAAUGCUCAAGGCGAUGACUUGCGUCAACGCUUGCAACGGGUCUUUUCGGGAUCUAAGUUCUGCAUUACUGGCCAGGGCUCUCUUAUGUGCGUUCACGUCACUAAGAUAGGACUUCGCGCGGAGCAGAUCACUUGUCGAGAUGAUGUUGCUGCGGUUGAGGCCACGGAUCUCAAGCAGCUUUUCUGGUUGGAAAUGGUGAAUGCAGGGUUCUGGGUGCAGAGUCGAGGAACAAUUACCUUGAACAUCGCUAUGUCUACCACAGCUCUCGAUGCGUUUGUUGAAGCUGUUGAGGAGUUUUGCAAGAGAUAUAGAUCCUUGAUUGUAGUUUAG